GCUUGGGCCGGGAAACUGGGCGAUUUCGCCAUUCCGGUAGGCGCUAGUGAGUGAUCGUUGUGUGUGGUGUUCACCGGAUAGUAGGGGGCUGUACCCGGUGCUGCAGUAGGACCCGCUCCGGGUUCGGGAGUGAAGAUGUCCGUAGACGGUAGUAAAUUCAACCAAAUGACCCUGCACCAGCUCAAUGAGCUGCUGGAGGAUGAGGCCAAGCUGGGACAGAUGGUCCAGGAGAUGGAUGAGGCUCAGAAUGUGCAGCUGAACAAAGAGAUGACACUUGCUGGAAACCGAAGUCUUGCAGAAGAAAAUCUGCUUUACCAACCCAAGCUGGAAAAUUUAAAAGCAAAAUUAACACAGAAAUAUCAGGAGCUGCAGUCACUGAUGGAAUCUCAUCAGCUGAAGACGACAAAACUAGAUAAACAGUCCAUCAAUGCUUCAUUAGAAACACUAUUAGCACUUUUGCAGGCUGAAGGGGCCAAGAUUGAAGAGGAAACUGAGAAUAUGGCAGAAAACUUUCUUGAUGGUGGUAUCCAACUGGAUUCAUUCAUUGAUGAGUACUUAAGCAAGCGCAAGUUAGCUCACUUGAGACGUGUCAAAAUUGAGAAACUUCAAGAGAUGGUCCUGAAGGGGCAGAGGCUUCCUCAGGUUUCAGUGCAGACACAACAAAGACCUCCAGAAGUGUCACAAGCUUCUCAAACCCCAUACCCACCCAGCUUCAAUACACCUCCACCUGUCCUCCCUAGAAGAGCAGUCCCGCCGCCACCGCCUGGGCCAGCUGGAAUGUAUCCCACACCGUUUGCAAUGGCCAAUCAGCAGCCUACUCCUGGGCUCCCGUACAUACCCACUCCAAACCCUCCUCUUCCUGGUCGUUCUGGGCUUCAGCAUGCAAACCCAAUGCCACAGCCUGGCUAUCCCUCCUCAUAUCCUCCAGAGUUUCGGCCUGUCCUUCCUCAGAGACCACCUUCACGUACGCCCCCGAAUGCCGGCUUUAUUUACCAGUGAAACUUUUAUUGUGCCUCACUGAACCAUUGGUGCUCUCAAUGUCACUGCAGUUAUUUUAUCCUAUGACCUGGAAAUGUAUAAGAUUUGCACAAAUUUUGUGUGCUGUUAAUAGUGCACAAGGAUCCUGCAUCUUAUAGUUGACUUGUGAUCUACAAUUUACCUGGUUAAAAACAAAAUUUGAAACUUUGUCAAACAAAUCGAUUUUCUGGGGUGUAGUAUGAAAAUGAAAAAAAAAACCUUAUGUAUAGGUUGAGGUUAUAAAGCAAGCGUGCUGACAUUUAUCUUCCCCAAAUGGAUUUAUGCUUAAACCACUGUGUUGCUGUUCAUCCAUGCUGAAAUAUGCACCUGGUUGCUGCAUUGAAAAUUAUAUUUUGUAACAUUUAAUUGGUAACCGUAAAAUAAGUUGCCAGUGCUUGAGAUCUGAAAAUGGUGCAUUGCCAACCUUCUCAGGUUUAGAUUUAUUUUGUAUUGGGACUUCAGUUUGACACCUGAGAACAGUACUAAAUGGUGGAAAGUGUUUACUGCAUAUUUUAUAUCUGGUAUUUUCACACUGAUGUCUGAUACAACAAUCCAAAAAUGUCAGUUCUUUUCCUAUGAAAAAAGACAACCUAACAUAAUAUAAUAUAUUCAGGGACUAGCAUAUAUACUAGAAAUCUUUUAAUGUGCAAACAAAAUGCAGAUUGAGUGGAUGCAAUUUUCUGUCUGAAAGCAAUGCAUUAUUUACACAUGCACGUGGCUUUGAUGUGCCUUAGAGUUACUUUAUUUUUUGGACUCCGUAAAAAAAGGAAUAAAAAUGCAUAUCUUUUCAAAGUGGCCAUUGCAUAGCUAUGUGAUCGCAUAGAAGGGCUUAUUCUUUUAGUUGGUUUAAAAAAAAAGAGAGAAAAAAGAUACUAUUUGUAUUUCUGUGAUUUGGUGUCUGCACUUGAGUGGCUUUAAUCAUAUGAAGAAUUUUUAAUUGUCAAUCUCCAUUUUUUUUACACUUUAAUAACUGAAAAAUGUUUAAAAAUUUGGAAUCUUGUGGGUUUGUUCUUUUUCUUCUAAUUUGUUUAAACAUAAUUACCAUAUAUAGCCAGAGUAAUCAAGCAGCUUAUUGAGAAGUUAUUUUUGCACUUUCUGGCUAUGAAAGACCUUUAAUAAUACUCAAAUUUUAUACUUUUAUUUUUUACUUACUUGGCCUAUAAAAUGCCGGGUUUUAAGUGCCAGAUUGCUGCUUGAGUACAAAUAUUUUUUAACCGUAUUUAAAGCCAUAUUUCAGAAUACCUUAAAAAAAAAAAAACAGAAUCAUUAUUAUGUUAGAAGUGUGGUUUGUUAGUUAAUAUACUUAACUAUUCAUUGCAUUUCUGCUACAGUAGUUCAUUAUGGAAAAUACUUUGUUUAUUAAAGCUUUCACUUGAAAUCA